AUGAUUAUAGUGUCUGAGAUUGGCGACAAGACCUUCCUGAUUGCUGCCAUCAUGGCGAUGAAACAUGCCCGUUUAACAGUGUUUUGUGCGGCGUUUGCAGCACUGUUGAUCAUGUCUGUUCUUUCGGCGUUUUUGGGACAUGUGGUGCCUAAUUUGAUACCCAAAAAAUAUACCGAUGUGUUGGCAGCAGGUUUGUUUUUGGUGUUUGGGUUACGUAUGGCGUUCGAAGCGUACCAGAUGGAAAAGGGAGCCGAGAACGAAGAAAUGGCUGAAGUAGAAGAGGAAUUAAAGCAUGUGGAGGAUAAAGAACGCACUCAUGAAUUGAAACGUAUGGAAGUCGGUGGUGCGCUUGGCGAAGAGGACGAUGAAACAGAAGGAGAUCAUUUGAUGGGCGGAGGAUCAAAAAGCGCCAUCCAGCCAAAGGCAAAACGAGUCAAAGAGGGAUUGAUGAAUUUGCUGCAGUUGGUGUUCUCGCCUGUGUUUGUUCAGACAUUUGUCUUGACCUUCUUGGGUGAGUGGGGGGAUCGUUCACAAAUUUCUACUAUUGCUUUAGCAGCAGCCAAUAACGUCUACUAUGUUACAUUGGGUGUCGUUUUGGGUCAUAGUCUAUGUACAGGUAUAGCCGUCGUCGGUGGUCGAAUGCUCGCCUCCAAGAUUUCUGUCAGAACAGUGACGUUUGCUGGAUCUAUCUUGUUCCUUAUUUUUGCUGUUGUCUAUGGUAUUACGGCUUACGACGAACUUCAACAUUAA